GUUUCUGCUCUCUCUAUCUCAGGAAUUAUUGUGACUGUUACAGAGCACUGGGCUUCAGGGAGUUUGCCAGGAGACAAGCAGAAAAGGAAACUUCUUGUCUCUCCUUUCAGCAGGCCAGGUCUUUCCCCCCACACUUCUCCUAUUCCUAAAUACUGCUAUGGAGCCAAACAGUCCUAAAAAGAUACAAUUCGCUGUACCAUUAUUUCAAAGUCAAAUAGAUUCUGAAGCAGCUGAACAGAUCAGGAAAAGAAGGCCCACCCCAGCAUCAUUAGUAAUUAUGAAUGAUUCGUCUCCUGAAAUAGAUGAGAAGAGAAUGAACAACAACUCCCAAGAUGAAUCACAGAACGCCUCCCCCAAACAGAGGAAGCAGAGUGUCUAUACUGCGCCUGCCAUGAAAGGAAUUAAGCAUCUAAAAAACCAGAAGGACUUGGCAUUUCCAGAGGAAGAGGAAGGCGUCUGUGAAAGAGACGAGGAAUAG